AUGGGAAAUGCCUCCGAAACAUUUCUGUUGCUGUCCAGAAUAUCGAAAGACAGUGACUUCCUCAUGGGAACUAUUUACACCAUUUUCGGUGUGCUGUCAAUGCUGGGAAAUGGGAUCCUGCUGUUCGUGGCCUAUAGAAAGAAGUCCUCCCUGAAGCCUGCAGAGUUCUUUGUGGUUAACCUGGCCAUCAGUGACAUGGGCAUGACCAUUAGCCUGUUCCCAUUGGCUAUCACUUCAGGGUGUGAAUUGUGGCUGUUUAAUGAGACCACCUGCAUUGUCUAUGCCUUCUGUGGGGUUUUGUUUGGCCUGUGCAGUCUGACCAACCUCACGGUGCUCUCAUCUGUCUGCUGGCUCAAAGUCUGCUGCCCAAACUAUGGAAACAAGUUCUCCUACUGCCACGCCUGCCUGCUGGUAGCCGGGGUCUGGUGCUAUGCUGGCGUUUUUGCUGUGGGUCCCCUGUCGGGCUGGGGAGAGUAUGGCGCUGAGCCUUACGGUACAGCAUGCUGCAUCGACUGGAAUGCGCCCAGCCAAAAUUCUGCAGCUAUGAGCUACAUCAUUUGCCUCUUCUUCUUCUGCUACAUCGUGCCCUGCACUGUCAUCUUUCUGUCCUACACGUUCAUCCUGCUGACUGUCCGAGGCUCACGACAGGCUGUGCAGCAGCACAUGUCCCCGCAGAACAAGAUCACCAAUGCACAUGCGCUUAUCAUUAAGCUUUCAGUGGCAGUUUGCAUCGGUUUCCUGAUGGCAUGGAGUCCAUAUGCCAUCGUGUCCAUGUGGGCGGCUUUUGGAAACCCAGAAACUGUACCACCUAUGGCGUUUGCCUUGGCAGCUAUAUUUGCAAAGUCCUCCACCCUUUACAACCCUAUAGUCUAUCUGGUCUUCAAGCCAAACUUCCGUAAGUCCCUGUGCAGGGAUGUGGCCCUGUGCAGGAGGUCACUCUGUGGAUGUCUGUGUCCGCACAGCUCCACACAGAAGGGAACUUGCAUGCGGUCCCAUCACCGAGAAGAGUGCAACUCCACAAGGUUGUCAAAUGGGCUGCCCGAGAACCACGGGACCUGCAGACACUGUCCUUGCCCUGAAACAGUCACUGGUACCAGAGAACACUUUACAGACGAAAGCCCCUUGAAAACUGUCAGGCUACUUAAAGGAUCAGCACACACUGAGGUGGCUGUGAGUCAGCUCUCCAACGAGAUGCAGAGCGACUUCCUCUAAAUACACAUGAGCAACCGGUCAAAAAGGAGGUUAAAAAACAAGAGUAAUGGAGAGAAAGACAGCAAGAAUGAAAGACACUUAUGGAAAGUUUGCAACAAGGGGAAACAAAAGAUUAAGAUUGAUUGAAGGAAAACAAUGUUUUAACACUGAAGGUCAGAGUUUAAAAACUAAGAACUUUCUCAUGCCUCAAAUAUGUGACACUGCCAUAAACAACAAAAACAAAAUGACCACAGACUUAGUAGCCAAUACAGGGGGAUAAUCAAGCCAAACAGGCAACAUGCAACCAGAAGUGUACAUCAAUAUUUCAUCAGGUAAAUUUAACCUGCGUCAACAACUAUCUGAUCACUUUGACUGAUCAACAUUUAAAAAACAAGGCAAAGAAUCCAUGGAAUCUCAGAUGCAAUUCAAUUCCAGCAGGAUUUUGAUGGAGAAGCUGAAAUGUCACUUUCUGCACCCUAAACUACCUUUUGUGUAUUUAUUACAAGGACUGUAUUUAAAGAUGUAUUUGGUUUGAUAAUUAUUUAUGAAUGCAUGCCUCAAAUUGAAGGACCACAGGGUUAUUGUUGCCUCAACAUUUAUCUACAUUAAGUAAACCUAAGAGGUGGGGGGAAGAAAAUGUAAAGUAAGGAUUUGGCUAAGCACGGCCAUCAUUACAUGUGUUGAAAUGAACAAGGACAUUCUUCAAUACGUCCAGGAAGGGUUUGCAUUGAUUCUCCUGCAAAGACAAGUUGCCAAUAUGAAUUUGUCCAAAUGGCUGUGUCCAUCACAGAAGGCAUGACUAAAUAAGAAAAGAAGAAGAGAUGGGGGGAAGGACUCCAAACAACAGAAUAUUUGUUCAUUGCUUUUCUGACAUGAAAUACACACAAAAAUUCAAUGAAUGCAAUGAGGAGAGUCAUUAUGUGACAGAGAGGAAAGGUCAAAUUACAUUCUUUCUAUCAGAUGUAUCACACGUGUUUGGAACAACAAGCUUGUACUGACAUAUGGCUUUUAUUUGACCUGUUUUUCAAUCUUUUAUAGCUGAUAAAACAGAGAGCUGGCUCUUGAGAAUAAGAGAAUAAAGCUAGUUGUGAUUACACAAUGACAUCUUUUAUUUACAGGAGACUGAUCAGCUGCUACAUAGAUUAUUUUAGACAUGACCCACUGAGAAGAGGAAAGUUAGAAAUAAAUUCUGUUUUUGUUUUUUCACAACCAAAGUGAUUGCUGAGGUCUAGACUAGUAGACGGUGCAAGAAACCAAGGAUAAGACUUUCAGACGUGAUGUUUUUUUAAGACAACAGCUUCAUUUUUGCAUUGUUGGUUUUAAAGAGUGCUGCCCAUAUUGCUGCUAAAUUGUGAAAAUUGUGUGCACACGUUUGCCGUAAAUACUGUGGGUUAAAGUUGCAGGAAGUCAGUCUGUGAACUGUGGCUGAUGUUUACAAAGGACAGCUGUGAUGAUCAAGUUUUCCAGCUUUUUUCUCUUCAAAAUAUAUUGUGUUAGUUUUGGUUUAAAACUGGUAUGAAGCCAAACUUGUAUCCUUCUUCAGACUUGUUUUCUUUUAGCAAUGUUGUCUCAUUCCCAGACUAAAUCAAUUAACCUUUGUCGGUCUAUUAUGAUUGUUGCUGACAGGAAUGAAGAUAAGACCCAAAAUGUUAAUAAACUUGGGGGGGGGUUAUGAAAGCAAGAGAAGGAAUAAUCCUGUGGUUUGUUUAUACCUUUUGUGUGUAUUUUUCUAAAAUGGGACUCCAUUGGCAGAAUACAAGUGUACAGCUCCUCUGACAAAACAUUGUAUCAGCAAAUUCUUCAGUCUGAUACAAAAGAACAAAACAAAAAAGAAGACUUUAAUGUGAAUAUUAAUCAAGAUCCUCGGGCGACUUAUAAAAGAGGAAUAAUUAAUUUGAUGUCUGUGCAUGGAUAUACAGAAGGACACUUAGUGCUCCCCUUGUCUCUUAGUAAAAAGACAAUGUGUUGCUUGAUAAAAGCAUCUGAAACUUGAAAGACACAAGGCUUUGCCUCAGCACCUGCCAACAUUAUUCAGAUUUGUACAAAAAAAAAUGAAAAUGCCCAUGGUGCACAGUUAAGCUAAACCGCUGUGUUUGUCAAACAAGCAGUUUUGUACAUCUCUCCUGGCAGCAAGGGUCAUCAAGCAAAAGUGCAAAAGAAAACCUGCUAUGGGAAAGAUUAAUUAGAUCUGCUGAAGCGCAUGUUGUGGUUCCCUUGCAAGACUAUUAUGGCAUUUCAUGAUUCCUUUCUUUAACAGGGUGCGAGGGAAGAUUUGCAGUUGUGUGCAAUUUUCACACAGUACCUGACUAUGAAAGCUGUUCACAUUGUCAUGAAAUAUUUUGCUUUAAGUCAUCCAAAACAACCGUGUCAGCACAUGUGAUGUAUUCUGCUGCAAAAAAAAUGCAACAAACCGUGGUUCCUCCAGGGACCACUGAAGGCUGGCUUUUAAUUAAGCCUAAGAGUUAUUCAUAUAUUUCCGUAAUUGGGGCAUGGAUGAGUUUGACUGACAGGUGGAUGCAUUGUAGCAUUUUAGCUGUUCAAGGCCCGCCACAUCUCUGCCUCUUUCCUUGUUUCUAGAUUAAUUGAAAGUUUGGAUUGAGAUAACGUUUCCAAUAUUGUGACUGCCAUUGUCGGUCUUGAUACGGCCUCUUCAGAAACCAAUGGGGGACAUCACUGAGACUACUUAGAUGGUUUAUACAGUUGAUGUAUUUUUUAAUCCUACUUGGGAUACUUGCUUUUAGUCUAUACUAAGUCUAUAUAUAUAUAUCAGAGAGGGGAAAUGGUAUCAGAACUUCUUUAAUUGUUAAAUAAAAUAAACUAAGUGAAAGUAUGGCUCAGUCUAAAAAAUAAGGAUACUGAAUCAAGGAAAAGAUAACGGUAUAUGUCUCACAGAAUGACUCCCACACCACCUCUUGCACUAAUACCAUUAGACGUGAUUUAUGAGAUACAGAGUCAUCAAAGGGAGUCUCUCUUGGAAAGUCUUCAAUUUUAUUGUUAGAAUUAGUGUUAAAAUGUGAAUCCUUCACCCGAGGCUAAGCUUGAGGUGUGAGGUGAGGUUAAAGUAGCCUGAGGCUUUCUUUCAUCAGAGUGGAUUUGAGCCUGAGGUGGUCACACUGAAAAAAAACCCCAUCAUUUAUAGUGACAAACAAGACUUUAAAGGACAUGUCUAAUGGCUGUUUGAGGAAUUUUUGUCAUUUAUUUUGAAUAGAUAACCAACAACUAUUCAGCUGUGUGGGUGUACAGCGAAGCAGCUAUCUAUAGCCUCCAGGGUGAACACAUCACAAGAAACCCUUUAAAGGUUUAAGGAACAAUUGUUUCCUACAUGGCUGUACUCUGAUGUGUUUAUGAUGCUUCUGGUAUCAUGUUGGGAUUUCAUAAGAUUAAGGAGAAAAUUUGUGUUAAAGUUGGAGGAUUAUCUUAAGAAUUUUCUGCUGGAACCAAAGCUUACUGUCACCCUUUACAUUCACUGUCAGAGCCGAAAUGUUGUUUUUGACACUUUUCUACCAAUAUGCAGGUAACACUUGCAAAAAAAACAUACAUAUCAAAGUCGUUGCUUCCAGUCCAGUGCUGGACAGGCUAAUUGUUUUGGCCUGUACUCUGUGGGAUAAAGAUGGAAGUACAAACCAGGAUACAUAACUGAACAUAACUGUGAAACUCUGAUUCUGAUGUCUGUUUUUCUAUUCUGUUCUACUGUUUCUACCUUGGUCAUCUCCAUGUGUCUCCAUAUAUACAAAUAAAUAGACGUCAGGGAAUUCAUGUAGACCUUGUUCUCAUGACAUGUGUAUGUACAGAUGCCAAAUUAAUGAAUAUACAAAUCUAUUUUAUUAUUAUUUCAGUUUAAAAGUGUUAUUAAUAGGAGGUUGAGAAACCUCUCAUUGGGAAUUUAAAUGGGGGUGAUGGGUUUUUUUAUGUUGUUUAAUUUCUGACUUGGCUUUGAAAUUGUCUCUGUUCAUGUUUUAUUACCAAUCAGCCUGUAGGUUUCUGGAUUCCAUCGCUGCAGUUGGAAUCCAUUUUCUUUGAAUCCUUUAAUAUUCAGUAGAGUAAACUUAGAUGAACUCAUAUCACCGACACAGUUGGCACAUUAUUAUGGUUACAAGACCAUUAUAACACGGCCAAUGCAGUAGAGUUUUACUAUUUGAGUUUAAUUUACCAACAUGGCAAGUGUGAAGUAAAAAACGAUUAUGAUGCAUAGUUCAUUCAGCUUCUAUGAAGGUGACUUUUUCUACCUCCCAAUUAAUAAUGGAAUGUAUUUGUGGCUUUUGUGUUUGAGCGCAAGAUGUACAGCAUUUGAGAUGAAGAAAUCUCCCUCCAUAUUGAUUUACAUUUCAUUUCAAUGUGUUCACCUUUACCAUCAUUUUACUUGUCAAGAAGAAGCCUGUAAACAUGACAAAAACUCUGAGUGUCCAAUUGGACACAUGAGAUUCUGAAUCAGCAGACAUUUCAUGUGCUGCAUUUGUAAGUGUUUACGAUGCAAUUCCUGGAGGCUUUGAAUGAUAUGGUAAAUGUUUAGCGUGCUACACUCUGUAUGACUGUGGUAAUUAGCUGUAAAUAAUGUCAAAUGUGAUAAGGAGAACACUUCUACAAUCUCCUGUCAGCAGCUGUAGAGCAAAGUCUUUCUCUUUGUAUUUUUUUUAUUUUGUCUUGUGAAAAACAAACACUGUCCUCAGGAGAUUUGCUACUGGACACUCUACUGUGUAUGUACUGUGUACGUCUUAUAGAGCCCCCCCAGGUUUCUAAGACACAAACAAUGCUGAAUGUGAAGUGUUGUACAUAUAUAUGUAUGUUAAUAUAUGAAAAAAAGUUUAUGUAUCUAUAAAGGUUUUAAAUAAGACAUUUUAUUAUUGUUG